GUCUCUUCCCCCCAUAAUGCAAAAUUUAAAACCAAAUCUGAAGCUUCAAAGCAUUUUCAUUUCCUUUUCCGUCUGCGUUCACCUUCUCUGUAAAAAACAAAAAUGGCGAAAGCAGCAAAACACUCCAAGCUCCCUUCUUCCGCCCUUCACCCUCCUUACUUUCCGAUGAUAUGCGAAGCCAUUACCUCCCUGAAGGAUCGGACGGGCUCGAGCCAGCCGGCGAUUGCGAAGUUCAUCGAAGACAAGUACGGGAAACUGCUUCCCCCUAAUUUCAAGAAACUCCUCUCCGUCCAGUUGAAGAAGUUCGCGAAAUCGGAGAAACUGGCGAAGGUGAAGAACUCCUACAAAAUCCCCGCUUCCGCAAAGGCGAAACCGGCGAAAGCAGGAGCCGAGGCGAAGAGGGCUUCCGUUGCGCCGCCGCCGAAGCGGAAGGUUGCGAAAAAGAUGGAUGCGAGGGCGGAGAAGACGAAGAGGCUGAGCCAGGUGAAGACGCCGGAGGGCCUGAAGAAGAAGAAGGGCUCAACAGGAAAUGCGACGGGUAGAAAGAAGAAAGCAGGGGAAGGAGGGAAGACGAAGAGUUUGAGUCAGGUCAAGACACCGGAUGCUUUGAAGAAGACGAAGAAAGCUUCCACUCCUGCGAAGAGGAAGGCUGGAUCCAAGUCUGUAAAAUCUUCCAAGAAGGCUAGAAAUUGAAGUUAUGUGUGUUGAUUUUCUUGGUGGGUGUUUGGUUUUGAAAUUGGGAAUUUAGGGUUCUGCCCGGUUAGGGCGAUUAGGGAUUUGGGUAUAAUUAUGAUGAAUGCUAUCUGUAGUUUAUGAUGGGAUUGUAUGAUUUUGUGAUGGCGGAAUGUAAAUUUGUGUUUCAUUUUAUUUGUUUAAUGGUAUAGAGGUUUUCUGAUCUUU